AUGGCGGAUCAAGCCUGGAAGCUGAGUGACACAUCACCCUCGUCGCCCUUGACGCGCACCAUCCCAACACCGCCCUCGCCGCCCUGGGGGUACACCAUCCCAACACCGCCGAGACUUGAAUAUGAUGCAAGCACGAUUGAGUUGCUUGAGUUUGGGAAAGGAUGGAGAAAUGAAGUAGUAGGGUACCAAGGCCCAGUAAUCGUUCUUAACCGGGGAGCGCGCUGGUGGCAUCGCGAAGUGACUUUCUCUGCUGCGAUACUCGUAGGGAGAAAAGGCGACAACUUUAUGUGGGCAUUUCUGCCUCCAGGACCUCAGUUCCAAACAAAGAUGGCAGGCCUAUUUGGCCGUGAAUGGAGUCCACGAGCGGACACAUCCAUCUUGUCGGACAAAGACUGGACCUUCUCCCCUUAUGUCGAGUCCUGGUGGAACACUACGGUUCGGGCAUGCCGUGUCAGGGAUCGCUCAAGCCCGCCGGACUCAUCAGAGGCUAUCAGCGCGAUUGUGCUGUACAACACAGACGCCGCUAUGCCCGAAGAUGGAGGAUGCCGGAGGAGGCAUUGCGGGGAACCAUGGAAAUCUAUCAAAGAUUGGUGGGCUUUCGAUUGCAAUGUUCCUCCACGUUUUUACAGAGCGCCGACCUUGGCGGAAGCCGAGACCCUCGAAGCCGAAGGAGACUCGAUCACUGGAAGCAACUGUCUGAACCAAAGCCCAGCAAUUCGUGAGGAAGUGCCCCAAGAGGUGGAGUCAAUCCAACCAGCUCCUCCACCCAGCAGCACCGCCAUAAUCCUCCAGCUUCCCGACCCAGAAGCACCCGCAGGCAACGAUGCGCCCCUACGGGAUAACAAACCCUUUCGCCUCAAUAUUAGCAUGACGGAUCUGCGAUCAUUGGAACACCUGCCUCUGAGUCCGGAGGAUCUUGCAAUUAUCCAGGAGAAAAUCAAGAUUUACACAAAGCAGCUGGUGAUAGAGGCUGUCAUGCAGAAACUUGACGAGGGGCUGAAUGCUUUGUUUGACUCCUGAGUUGAGCAUGUUGUCUGAUCAGAGGGUAAUGAUACAGGUUGAGCAAGGUCAAAGGGGUGGGACCUGGGACAAAGGGGGCCACAAUGCAGUGUAGCGAGCUGGGCUUUUGAACUGGUUGGGGACGCUGUGAGGAGAAACACAGCAACUCAGCAUAGAGUGGUCGCAGCCAUCCCAUCCGGGAUAGAUGAUAUUAUGGGGCGGAACGUCUCUACUCGAGCCCACAAAUAUCAUGUUUAGGUCAACAUGGGCACCAACUUAUCAGUCAGGGCUUGGAGCUUCAUCAGGACAGGCUCGAUAGUCCCAUGACAGCAUAGGCUGUAUGAAUCACAUGC